AUGUCUAUCAAAGAGCAGCUCGCCUCCGAAGACGUGAACACUCGUAUUGAAGCAUUAACUCGCUUUUCUGAAGCAUCAGAGAGUGAGCUUGCCGAGCUUUUUAAGAUUGUUUCCGAAGAUUUCAAUCAUCAAGUUCGUGAAGAAGCUGUAGAAAAAAUUCUUCUUCAUCCAGAAUCAUUCAGACUGUUUCUUGCAGAUCCUGAUCCACAAGUUCGCAUUUCAAUCAUCAAUAAAUCCGUUGAAAUCAGAAACGCCUUAGCAGAAGCCGGAAAGCUAGAAAAACCAGAGACUGUUAUUGCCCAAAUUAAGACUCUCCAAAGUGAUUCAGUUUCCGAGGUUCGUAGUGCUUUGGCUCGCGUUUUAUACAAACAUUGCGGAACAGAAGCAACAGACGAAAGCCGCGCCUUUGUUCUUGCAAAUAUAGUCCCAAUACUUGAUAACCUCCUUAACGAUAGACACGACGACGUUCGCAUUGCCGCAUCUCUUAAUAUCAAAGAAAUAACAAUCAUUUUCGGUUUCGAUUUUGUUUUCGAGCAGCUCUACAACUCCCUCCAUCACAUGCUCACCGAUACUCAAUGGCGUGUUCGAAAUAACGCUGUUGAAUUAUUAUUUGGUCUUGCUUUAGUUUGCUCACAGGACUUCUUCGACGCUAACUUAUUCCAGUUUCUUAUUCAGUUCCUCCAAGAUCCAUGCAAUAAAGUUCGCCAAUUCGCUUUAAGUUCAUUACCAACACUUGCAGCGAAGUUUGGCGAAGAAUGGCUCAAGAAGAAAUUAGUUGUCGCACUCAAGGACCUCGCAGAAUCACAGAACUACCUCCAUCGCGAAACAUAUUUACUUACUAUCUCAGCUUUAGUUUCCUUCUUCCCAGUUCAGUAUCAGAGUAACUACGUCUUCCAGCCAAUGAUUAGAAUGCUGAAGGAUAGCGUCUAUAACGUUGUACUUCUUGCAAUCGAGUUGUUAUCCAAACAUAAGGACUCUAUUCAUCCAUUUAGAAGACAAUACGAACUCAAGCCAAUACUUGAGAGCCUUGUUGAUAAUUCACCUGUUACAAUUAAGGAUCAGGCUAGCGCAUUACUCGCUGAUUGCCAAUAA